AUGACUACUCCAAUCCCGCAGCCACCAGGCAUUCCGUUACUUGGGAACAUUUUCGACAUAGACCCGAGCAAUACAUGGACAUCAUUACAGAAGCUAUGGGAGAAGCACGGUGAGAUCUUCAAGAUCACUGUCUUAGGCCAGCAAAUUGUCUUCGUAGGGAAUGUCGCCCUCUGUGAAGAAAUAUGUGACGAAAAGCGCUUUCGCAAAUUUGUUGGAGGCCCAAUUGUGGAGAUUCGAUAUGCUGUGCAUGAUUCGCUCUUCACCGCAUUCGAAAACGAACCAAGCUGGCCGAUACAUCAUCGGAUCUUGGCUCCACUGUUGACGCCAUCGGCUGUGGCCAAUUACUUUAGCGAAGUCCGAGAUUGCGCCUCUGAGUUGACAGCUAAAUGGAAGGGUUUGGGGAAGAAAUCUACUGUGUCCGCCAUUGGAGAAUUGAAUCGGCUAGAUCUUGAGACGACAACGCUGGCUUUCUACGGUCGAAAACUCAACGGGUUGACAGGUCCAGAGCACCCAAUGAUUGCGGCAAUGGAUGGAGCCACAUCAGAAGCCAUCAAGCGCCCGACUCGACCCAAGAUCUUGAAUUGGUUGCUUUAUCAGUCUAAAUUCCAGCGAGAUACCAAGGCCAUGCGAAAGUAUGCCACUGAAUGUGUCGAGUACAAAAAAGCCAACCCAAGCGAUCGCAAAGACAUGCUGUAUACGAUGAUGAAUGUAAAAGAUCCUGACACUGGCAAAAGUCUCACUGAUUCACAGGUCAUCGAUGAGAUCGUGACCAUGCCGAUCGGAUCAAGUACUGCUCCCUGUGUUGUGUCCAGUGCGAUCUACUAUCUACUCAAAAACCCUGAUUGCAUCACCAAGGCUCGGGAGGAGAUUGACUCAAGCAUCGGUGAUGAGGAAUUCACUCACGACCAUCUGGACAAGCUUCCAUAUUGCGCCGGAAUUGUACGAGAAACCUUACGUCUCUCAGCCGCGGCACCAGGCUUCAACAUCGAGCCACUGCCAGAGACCAAAGGACCUGUGAAGCUGGCUGGGGGUAAAUACGAGGUCCCAGCCAAACAGACGCUGAUCAUUGUGUUGCAUGGAGUCAACCGUGACCCAGCCGUCUACGAAGAACCUGAAGCAUUCCGACCUGAAAGAAUGGUAGGCGAAGCAUUCGAAAAGCUACCUGCAGGGGCUAAGAAAUUCUUUGGCAACGGGAAGCGAGUGUGCAUUGGGCAGCACUUUGCUUGGAUGUGGAACUUGAUUACGCUCAUUUCGCUGCUGAAGGAGGUUGAUUUUGAGAUGGCUGACCCCAAGUAUCAGCUGAAACAGGAUGGUUGGUUCAAUUUGAGACCUGUUGGAUUUAACGUCAAGGUUCAGGCAAGGGCCAGGUAG